AUCGUUAAACUGGAGUCUCUGUAUAUAAUAAAAGCUUUAAUUAUGACUCAUUUAUGUGUUUUUGCAUAACAAUCGAUAGAAAAAAUAUAGGUUAAGAUCUCAGUGGUAUUGUGUUCGGUUCGGAGUGAUAUAAAAAUAUAUUAAGAAUAGAAAUGUAUCAGCGGGGUGUUAUAUUAGCUGCACGCAAAUGCCGAAAGUACAUACAAUGGAACACAUUUAUAAGACAUACAAAACAAUAAGCUUGCCUUAAAUUGUUUUUUAAAAGUAGAUUUUUUACAUGAAUCUCGUAGAACUUAGUGUAAGUGUAAUAUGAAGUGAUUGUCGCAUAGUGUUGACAUUAAAGUGAGUGUCCGAUGGUUGAUGGUGUGAACGGGGCCAACAUGUCUGACGAAGAGGAUUCCUCGCCCGAUCGGGCUUUGGUGCCCACCAACAAUGUACCAGUGCUGGGCAUCAAGCGUCUCAAGCAGAUCGAGACGAUGUUCAUGUCGCGUCGUCUCCAGGCGCCGAGGACCCACGGCCUCAGCGUCGAGACCCUGGUCGACAUGCUGUUGGUGCUGUACGAUGAGUGCUGUAACAGCAGCCUUAGGAGAGAGAAGGCUGUCGCCGAUUUUAUAUCAUAUGUUAAACCAGUGGCGACGGCGCUGAAGAGGCUGCGGCUAUCUCGAGAUGACUUCGAGCUGGUCAAAGUCAUCGGGCGCGGUGCCUUCGGGGAGGUCUGCGUUGUUCGGGCUUCGUUCAUGCAGGGCACAGAUGUGGGCGGCAACAUGGCGGUCGCCACCGCGGGCACCACGGGAACUGGAGAGCGGGUUUACGCCAUGAAAAUACUCAACAAGUGGGAAAUGCUUAAGAGGGCAGAAACGGCAUGUUUUCAAGAGGAACGCGACGUGUUGGUGUUUGGCGACCGGCGGUGGAUAACGAACUUGCACUACGCUUUUCAGGAUGAACACAAUUUAUACCUGGUAAUGGAUUACUACUGCGGCGGCGACCUGCUCACGCUGCUGUCGAAGUUCGAGGACCGCCUCCCCGAGGACAUGGCCAAGUUCUACAUCGCAGAGAUGGUGCUCGCGAUACAGAGCGUACACGAACUGCGAUAUGUACACAGGGACAUCAAACCAGACAACGUGUUAUUAGACGCGAGCGGUCACAUCAGACUCGCUGACUUCGGUUCAUGUCUACGACUAGGCGAUGAUGGCAAGGUACAAAGUAACGUAGCAGUCGGCACGCCAGAUUACAUAUCACCAGAAAUAUUGCGGGCUAUGGAAGACGGCCAGGGUAGAUACGGACCGGAAUGCGAUUGGUGGUCGUUAGGAGUGUGCAUGUACGAGAUGCUGUUCGGCGAGACCCCGUUCUACGCGGAGUCGCUGGUGGAGACCUACGGCAAGAUCAUGAACCACGCGCGCUCCUUCCACUGCCCGCCGCCCGACGAACACGCCGCACAGGUGUCAGAAGAGGCUAAGGAUCUCAUCCGCAGACUGAUAUGCUCAUCGGAAAGUAGAUUAGGAAAAAAUGGACUUCAAGACUUUAAGAACCACCCGUGGUUCGCGAACCUGGACUGGGAGAACCUCCGCGAGAUGCAGGCGCCCUUCGUACCGGACGUGUCCAGCCCCACCGAUACAUCCAACUUUGAUGUCGACGAUACCGAUAUCAGACUGUCGGAGGCGGUCCCGCCGCCGUCGGCGUCGGCGGCGUUCUCGGGGCUGCACCUGCCGUUCGUGGGCUUCACGUUCACGGCGGGCUCGCGCCUGUGCGACCUGGGCGCGCCCGCCGCGCCGCUCAGCCCCGCCAAGAACGCGCCCAGCCAGGCACCAUCUAAUGCGGGCGACCGCGCGGCAUUAAAGGCCUUGGAACGUGAGAACGCGCUGCUGGCGCAGACCAUCGCAGAGUUACGGGCAGGCGGGGCCGCCGUACACAUGGGCAGCGAUGAACUAAUACAACUGAAGGAUGAACUGGCAACACUAUCAAAGAGGAAUUCGGACCUCGAGGCGCAAGUCAGGUGUUACGAACAACUCAACACUGGUAUUACAACACAGGAUAUGCCAGCGACACCGCAGGAGAUGGCAACUCGUAUUCGUGAAAUGGAAGUCAUUAUACAAGCACUGAACCUCGAGAAGGAAGAACUGAUGAAAGACAAAAUUGACUCCACAGAGAAGCUUAGGUUGCAGGACAAAGAACUGAAAGACGCGCUGUCGCAACGUAAGCUCGCGAUGACUGAAUAUAACGAGGUUACUGAGCGACUGUCCGAACUGAGGCAGCAGAAACAGAAACUGUCGCGGCAGGUGCGCGACAAGGAGGAGGAGUUGGAGGUGGCGAUGCAGAAGAUAGACGCGCUGCGGCAGGACAUCCGCCGCGCGGAGAAGGGCCGCCGCGAGCUGGAGGCCAGGGUCGACGCCGCCGUGGCCGAGGCUACCAAGGAGCGCAAGCUGCGCGAGGAGGGCUCGCGCGCGGCCCGCGGGGAGGGCGUCGCGCCGGCGGCUGACGUGGCCCGUCUGCAGGCCGAGGUCGACACGCUGGAGAUGCAGUACAAGGAAUCGUUAGCCCAGCAGCAGGCCCGGUUCGCGGCUGAGUUGGCCGCGCUUAACGACCAGCUGCAAGAAGGCGACGCUUUACGUAACGUUCUCAAUAGAGAGCUGCAAACAUCGAAGGAGAAGCUAGAAAGCCGUCGUCUCGAACAGCUGAGCGACAGCGAGGACAAACAGAUGCUCAUCAACGAGAACCGCAAGCUGGCGAAGGACCUCGACGCUGUGAAUAACAAACUCGCUGAAAACGGUAGAAGAUGGCAAGCGGAGAGGAGACAGAUGGAGAUUGAGUUGGAAGAGUUGAGAGCGAAGAGAGAUACCAUGCAGCACUGGGAGACACAGGUCAGUGAUAUAGCCGACAUCAUCCGAUGGGUGGCUGAUGAGAAGGAGGCUCGCGGCUACCUGCAGGCCCUCGCUACUAAGAUGACUGAGGAAUUGGAGUAUCUUAAACAUGCGAGCGCGUCCCGCUCGUCGCUGGUGGUCCCUGCGAGCGCGGGCGCGGCGGCGGGCGCGGCGGUCCCGGACGCGCGCGGCGCCACGGGCGGCUGGCGCAACCGGCGCUCGCAGAAGCUGGACAAGAUGGAGAUCCUCACGCUGCAGUCCUCGCUGCACUCCGAGAUACAGGCCAAGCAGGCCGUGGGCGAGGAGCUCAGCCGCACGCGCGCAGAGCUGCUCGCCAGCCAGAGUUACAUUCCGUCAUCGAGUCGCGACCCACCCAAGGAGUUAAUCGAGACCCGCCAGCGGUUAGACUCGCUCGCCCACGACAUGAAACGCAAAGAGCAGCACAUCAGAGACAUGCAGGCGCGACUCGACGCCCCGCACCAGCCCGGCAACUCCUUCUUGGACCGGCCGCCGUCACAAAUGAGCUACCUAGACCAAUUCCUAAAGGAAGCGCCUACGGAACGACACUACGAUAAUGUGGCUUCUAUCAAUGAACAGAAGAUGUCGCCGCACUACCGUUACAGAAACCAGCAUUGUUGCAAUGCAAAGUUGAUGUACGGGUCGCAGCAGUCGGCGGCGUUGAGUGGCUCCGUGGAGUUGCAAGACGAGCUGGAGCCUCGGGCCUCGUCGCCGGCCUCCAGUAAAAGUUCGCCGAGUGAAAUGUCCACUGAUCCAUCAUUAGGUCCCUCCGUGCCGGGCAAGCAGAAGGUUCACCAGUUCUUGGUGCGAACUUUCAGUAGUCCAACGAAAUGCAAUCACUGUACGUCGCUCAUGAUCGGUCUCACCCGCCAAGGCGUGGUGUGCGAGACGUGCGGGCUGGCGGUGCACACGUGGUGCUGCGCGCGCGUGGCGCCGCGCUGCCCGCUGCCCGCCGAGCGCUCGCGCCGCCCGCUCGGCAUCGACCCCGCGCGCGGCCAGGGCACCGCCUACGAGGGAUACGUCAAGGUACCGAAACCGGGUGGCGUGAAGAAAGGCUGGAUGAGACAGUUCGUGGUCGUUUGCGACUUCAAACUGUUUCUUUACGACAUAUCACAAGACAGAAACGCGUUACCAUCGGUAUGCGUGAGUCAAGUUCUAGACAUGCGCGAUCCAGAGUUCAGCGUGGCUUCAGUCAAGGAGUCGGACGUCAUACACGCCAGCAAAAGGGACAUACCUUGUAUAUUUAGGAUAUCAACGUCACAACUAGAAGGCGGCAAGCGAUCACACACGCUAAUGCUGGCCGAGUCAGAAUCGGAAAAGACGAAAUGGGUGGUCGCGCUCAGCGAACUGCAUAGGAUACUCAAGAGAAACAACUUGCCGGACAAAUGUGUAUACGCGGCGUGCGUGCUGCUGGACACGACGGCGGCGGCGGCGGUGCGCAACGCGCUGUGCGCGUGCGUGCUGGAGCGGGGCCGCGUGUGCAUCGGCGGCGAGGCGGGGCUGGCGCUCGUGGACCUGGAGCGCGCCGAGCUCACGCCGCGCCGCGCGCACGCGCCCGUCGCCACCAUCGCCUACGUGCCGCACGAGCAGCUGCUAGUGGUGAUAGCCGGCCGCGGUCGACACGUCCGCCUGGUCCCGAUCCGCGCGUUGGAAUGCGCCGAGGUUGAGUGUGUGAAGCUGGCCGAGAGUAAGGGCGCGCUCGCUCUGGCCGCUGGCCCGCUGUCGCACGCCGCGCAUGGCUUCGCCGUGCUGUGUAAACGACAGAACGCGUACGUGGUGAACGUGUACGAGAUCACGCGCACGGCGGCGCGGCGCGUGCGCGUGGCGGAGCUGCGCGCGUGCGGCGCCGUGUGCAGCGUGCAGCUGGCGGGCGCGCGCCUGCUGCUGGGCUACCGCGGGGGCUUCGCCGCGCACGCGCUGCCCGACCCGCGCCGCCCGCAUCUCGACCAGCCCGCGCAGUCGCUAGUCCACCCGGAGAACCAGGUGAACCUGUUCCUGUCGCACUCGGGCGCGCGGCCGCUGGGCUGCGCCCCCGUGCCCAACUCCAGCGACACGCUGCUCGUGUUCAACUCGCUGGCGCUGUACGUGGACAGGAACGGACACCGCGCCAGGGACACCGAGCUCAUGUACACUGCGCAUCCGACGCAUCAUGCGAUAAACGAUUCCCAUUUGUUAAUAUUCACCGCGACGCAUAUAGACGUGUACGACAUCGAGACAGGGGACUGGGUGCAGACUAUGAAUAUACCAAACGCCCGGCCGCUAGACGAGACGGGCUGGAUAUGUUGCGUGGGCGGCGGCAGCGGGAACGGGUUCCCCUUCACAAGCGACGCCGCGCCUUUCAUCAUAUACUUGAGGCCGCUGUUGACACAUCCGCGAGCGUCAGACCCGCCGAUCGCCGUCGACACAUCGUUAUGGGGCACCAAGAGACGGUUUUCCAUCAGGGAGCAGUCACACCAAGCGAUAGAGGCGCAUAACAGAUUGUCUGAGCGUCGCUCGCGCCUGAUCUCGGCCCCCACGAACUUCGCGCACCUGUCGCACAUGGGCCCGGGCGACGGCAUCCGCUCGCAGCGGCUGCUGGACCUGCCCACGACGCUGGAGACGGCGGACGACGCGCCGCGCCUGGGCUCGCGCGACAGCAGCAAGCGCGCCUCGCCGCUCACCGUCUCGCACGCCACCGGCUCCUACAACGGUUCAUGGCGAAGUGGGGCCAGACUGCAGGCGGGUGAAGCGCCGCCAUCACCACCCUCACCGCACCAUCAUAGACCUAUGGACAGGUCGAUAGGCGGCGGGUCUCAAGGCAGCGGGUCACUGUUGCUGGAACGGUCGAUAACUCCUCUCAGUCUCGGCAGCAUGAGCUCGCUGCACGAUGUACUUAAGGUGGGCACGGAGAUGUGCGAGCCUCUCCACUCGGAGGACAGCAGCUGCGGGGCCUCGCCGCCGCAUCCGCUGGAUCCCUGAUGAAACCGACACAACUCAACGUGGACGCUAGACAUGUCCCGUUUGUACGCUUGCUUCUGUUGAGGAGUGUCGCGCUGUCAGCUGCGGACUGCUCGCGGCUCACUAUCGUAUGCGCUUUGUUUGUGUAUUACUGAGUAGGCGGGCUUUUGUGAGGAAUGUAAACACAUUCAUGAGGGAUUAUUAUGUAAGAUUUUAUUUUGAUGCCUCUUAUGUACAAACAAUUUUCAUUGGAAUAGUUUAAACUGUGUCAAGUAUGUUAUAAUUACUUAUAUGAUGGUUUCAUAACAAAUCUUUUGGUUAAAUUAAAUAUAAAUAAUAAAUUCAAAACUUUGGCAUUGAAAUGACGAAUAAUGAUGAAUUUUUGACCAUAAAUUUAUAAAACCACAAAACACAAACUUAAAGUUUUUGUCUUAUUUCAAGUAAAGACAAAUAUGAUGAAAAAUUAUCAUACAAUAAAAUCAUAAAAACAAGCAAUGUGUUAAUAUCCCUCACACAAACCUGCAUAAAUUAUCAACAUAAUUUGGUUCCUAAAAAUAUAUAUGAAAGAUUUAUUUCGCAAUCUUAAUGAAAUUAUUUACGAGAACAAUUAAUGUGUAAUUAUAAUGUUUUUCUGCAUGACAAGUAAUGAGAACCUUCCAGUAAGCGAUAAUAACAAAUUUAAUAGAUAAUGUUAAGGUGUGUGCACACUAGUCGCGUAUUAGGAUAGAUUAAAAAAGAAUAAAAAAUUAUCAUUGACUGUCCUUAGACUAGUCGAUCUAUGCUUUGGAGAUAUCGGUAAAAAAAUACAUGUAAAUAUAAAUACAGUUUUUACCGGUAGCUCGUUUUUCUUAUGAAUUUUACUUAUGAUAUAUCGAUUUUAAUUAGAUAUGGCUUCAUUCGUUUAUUUCUAUUUCUUUUUAUAUCUAUACCUAAUACCGACUCUGUGUACGCAACUUAGAGUUAAGUCCCACUGAAAUAUUAAAAACGAAUGGCUGAUCGUUACAUAUUUAGCAAUAUGAACCUUAUUUACAAGUCACGUAACGUCUAAAUUCAUACAAACUUAACCAACCAAGAAUCAGAGUAUACAAACUACAAAUGUAUGUCAACUUUCCGUGCUGUUACAUAAAGUUCAAAAUGCCUUGAUAUAUGACUACGGUUAUUCGUCCUCUUAAUAUUCCAGUGUGAUGUAUCUCUAAUCUAGUUAGAAUGAGACCCGAUGUGGCUUGUAGGUCAAUUAGACACACCUAGCGACAUAUUUUAUAACAAGCGUUACUUAUAUUUCAUAGAUGUUAGUUUAAAAGGUAAAUAAACUUGUCUAUUGUGGUAUAGACAAUAAAUUGAUUGUUUAUGGACUUAGUUCUGUAAUAAACGAUCGAGUUUUUACAUUUAAACAGACAUACAUUAGCUGACUAAUAAAAAUAGGGUUUUAAUACUUUCCGAUUGCUUCUAAAUCCCAGUUUUUUUAUAAAUAAUUAACAACUAACAAUUUUUUAUGAAAAAGUACAAAUAUUUAAAUAAACUUUAAACUAACAUCAAUGAAUGCUGUAUAAUAUAUAAACAUACAAAUAGCUGUAGAACAUUAUUAACCAAAUUGUAAUUAAUUGCGACUUAUUUUAAUACUCUAUACGCCAUCUUGAUGACGUAACAUCCGCCGAUAGAACCUGAACGGUUUAUAAGAAUUUAUAAUAUUAUAUCAUAAUAUUAAAAAUGAACAAUUUAUAGUAAAUGUCCUUUUGUGACGAUGCUCUAAUUUAAAGCCAAAUCUUUCGUUUAAUUGUGAAUAUUGUUUGAAAUUUAUUAAAAAAAAGUAACUUAUAUUUUUUUAUUUGGUGCAAUGAGCAUGUGCUGUUACCUUUUUGAAUAGGAUUGUGGAAAUGAGACAGCAUGUUACUCUGCAAGUAGCGUCGUCUUGCUCACACAAAGCCAAAUCUCACUUUAAAAGUCAUAAUACAUAUAUACAUUAUUUAUUAUAAAUUAUGCUUCAAACUUUGAGACAUGACUAUUAUAAACAAAAAAUAUUGUUCCUAUUUUUGUGGUAGAAAAUUUCAUCAAAACAUAUCUCUCGGACUCAAAAGUUAGAUAUUUCGAAACAAUGUUCACGAUUAACUUGAUUAUAUAAAACACUGCCAUUCCUGUACAGGUAGUCAGUUGUUACGACGAGAUAUUGCACUUGUGAAGUACUGUGUGUUGAAUACUGAUGAUUCUGACUGAAAAAAUCAUCAUAAUGGCUGGACAAAAAUGUUUGCAAAUGAAUAGGAAUGUGUUCCAUUGUGGAGAGACUUAAACUAACAAACAGCUCUCACGAAAUGCUUUUAGUACAGCUUUGUUUCUAGUUUAUCGAUAAUAGUUACCUAUUUAGCUAAAACAAAACAUUUAGCACAAAUUUAGAUCAUUACUUAUUAUGUGCCUCAAUAUAUCAUAAACUGAUAACUAUUAAAUGCGUCUAUUAAUGAAAGAAACAAUAAUUUCCAUGUUUAAUAUCGAAUCGAUUUAUUUCACAAAUGCACUUCUCGUUGUGAUAAUCAAUAGAUUUUGGUACCAAUCGUACGCGUACCUAUCUGUUAAUAUCUUCCCGACUAUUCGUAUUAUCGCUUAUCUAAUAAACAACCGAAGCGUUAUGUAAAUA